AUGAAAACUUUUUUUUCUGUAAGAACUUCUUUACGUAACUCUGUUAGAAACUCUUUUAAAAGAAAAAUUACAAAAACAACAAGUUUAGAAUCUAAAAAAUCAGUUGAUUCAAUGAUAUCACAAGAAGAUAUUAAUAAUUUACAGUGUGGGCAAUUUAAAGCAAUUCGAAAGUUUUCUAUAAUUUUAAAUCUUUUCAAAGAUGGAAUACCAAAAAAAACUUAUAAAACAAUGUUUAAAAAAUAUGAAAAUGUUUUUAGUGGUAAAGAUGCAAUAGAUUUUUUAUCAAAUGAUAUUCUACCCAUAAUUGAACCAACUGGAAUUAAUUUUAAAAUAAAGGCAACAAAAUUAAUUAUAUAUUUUUUGAAGGAAAAAUUUCUAAUAUGCCUUAGUACUAAUAUUGGUAUUAACACAUAUACUUUUUCUGAUACUGAUAUUUAUUGUAUCAAUGAAAAUUAUACAAUUCCAAAAAUGUCAUUAGAAAAUAAAUAUGAUUGA